AUGUGUACGGACGCGUUGAAGGGCCUGGUGGGUGACACCUUGCCGCGGUCGGCGAGCGACGUGCUGCGCGACGCGGAGAUGGACGAGAUGGACAAAGAGGUGCUGCAAGGUGCGCCGCCUCGCUUCCCCGCCUCUUCCUCGCGUUUCUCUCCGCCGCACCGCCGAUUGGCGUUCAGCGCCAUCCGCAUCGUUCUCGACGAUGCUCUCACCCCCCUCAACUCCUCAACAUCCCCUUUGUUGGAGUGGUUCGCGUUCGUGCGCGUGGUGGCGCUGCAGCAGCGCGUGCAGCACUACCGCGACCUGGGCAGGUUCGUGGUGCUCAUGGCACUCUUCAUCACCAUCCUCUACCUCCAGGCCGACUCCUCCAGAAGCUACGAAAUUACCUCCGCGCACGCCAUGCUCUACCCCCCGCCCCGCAGGCUUGUGCACAACAGAAGGCAGCAGCCAGGCGCCAAAUGGACUCGACUCCCUGCGAGCACGGGAAAUGGUAACUUUGUGAUGCAGAAAUCAAAACCCACACAAACCAUAGCUCGAGAAGGCCAAAUUUCGGAAAUGUCGUCCCUCCCCGCGUUGAUUCGACUUGGGCGACUCAAAUUCAUCCCGUACUCGUUCAUCCUCGCGCUCUUGGGUGCGCUCUCCCGUGACAUCGACCAUCAGCCGCACAAUCACGAUGAGCUCCAGUUCCACGUCGAAAGCUUCUUACCCGUGGCGCUUUUCGUGGCGUGCACGCACGUCAUGACGCACUACUUUAACGAGUAUUUUGACUACGAGGCCGACCUCGCCAAUAAGCAACGCGGCAAGUGGAACGGCGGAUCCGGCGUGCUUCCCGAGGGUUUGCUGCCUCCGUGGGUGGCGCUCGCCGCAGGCAACGUGUUCCUCAUCGGGAGCAUCGUCACACUCGCGUUCCUCCGAACCCCCGCGCAGUACGUCGCGUGUGCGACCGUGUUCCUCUCGUGGGGGUACACCGGGCCGCCCUUUAAGCUCCAUUAUCGCGGUUUGGGCGAAGUGGUCGUGGCGAUCGUGCUCACUUGGUGCGUGCCCGUGAUGGGCGCGCUACAGCGCCGCGGCGAUGGCGCGUUUUUGCUUCCGACGUCGCUCCGCACCAUCAUCCCACUGCUUUUCGUGCAGCAGUUCGUGCGGAUGAUGGUCAUGAAUCUACCCGACAUCGAGUCCGACUUGCAGUGCGGCAAGAUCACGCUGACUGCGCAAAUGGGCCCGAGCGGGCGGCACGACUCGUCCAACACCUUUGAUGGCCUGGAUGACUUCUACAAUUGGCUCAACACCAGCAUCAUUCAGGUGCGUUCUCUUACCUCUCCCCUAAAUCUCUGCGUUAUAGCUCCUUGUGCACUUGGUGCGUGUUUCGUCCCGCAUACCCACGCCUACCUUCCGCCCACCCACGCGGCAUCACAGCCCUCCCUUCUCUGCAUAAAAGCUCGCACGCUCAUCGGCUCGUGUGCUCCUCACUGCCCGCCGCUCUCCCCCCCGCCCCUGCAGAAACUGUGGGUGGAUCCGACGUGUGGCUCCGGCACAUGCGACCGCCCCUUCCAGUACCCCGCGUUUGGCCGCUUUGGCUGUGAAGCGGACUGCGGCAUCUUCCCCAGCCUCACCUCCAUUGUUAUCCGCCUCUCCUCUCAGCUCGACACACAGCAGGCUGCUGACGAAUCUUCCUGGAACCUCUGCAUGGUCAACCCGGUCUCCCUGUGCUGGUAUGCGCGCCCUCCUCCCGCCGCUCUGAUCUUCUUGCUGUCCCCGUCCUGUGUACUCAUCCCACCCUACGCCACCCCAUGCAUGUCGGCCAUGCGGUGCGGUGCAAUCAGGUACGAGGAGUUUCAGCCAUUCCGUGUGGGCGAUACAGAGGUGUCAGUGGCGUUGGACAUUCCGGACGGCGACUGGGUGGUGGUGCUCAACGCGCCUGCGGGGGGCAUCCGCGGCACCGUGCACGCGCCCCCUCCGGGCAUGCGCCGCUUCUCCGUCGUCGGCGCCGCCUCCACCAUUGAGCUCGCCGCGUGGGGCUACUGUACACACGACGAUGACGUGGAUGCAGCCAAUCAGGCGCUGCCAAGUGGCGGCGCUGGUGGUUCUCCGCCUGAUGUCUGCCGUGAUACAUGUGCAAGGCUGGUGCUCUGCCUGCCAGCAACCUGUGGGCGAGCAUUCACGGAGCGGGAGGUGGCAGGGACGUUCGUGGACUGUGCGCGCAUGUGCAUCGUUGCACCUUCUUCCAUCACCACCUACGCCGACACUCCCUGCCCCAUGGCCCAGGAACAACUCCGCCACCUACACCCACGCCGCCGCCUGUACCCACACCGCUACAGCGAUUGGACCUCCUCGGCCUUGCCCACUGACGCUCCUCCUGCAUUUGUUUCGCUGGCUGCUUCUGCUGUGUCUGCUGAUGCCGCUCCUGUGGCUCUGCUUGCUCUGCCAGUGCAAGGCGCACCAGGAGCAGCAGUUGCAGCCCUGCCACCGCCAGCAGCAGCACGAGCAGUAGCAGCAGCAGCAGCAGCAGUAGCAGCAAUGGCAGCAGCGGGAACGGCAGCCACAGCAGACCCCACACAGCCCUCUCUCUGGUCGCUCCUUGGUGCCACCGACCGUCAGCGACUGACAGCGCUGCAGGUGGCGGUGUCACGUGCUCUCUUCACCAUGGCUAAGGACCGGUGCCUGGCUGGCCGUGCUCCAGGAGCAGAGGCGAGGGUAGCGGCGGGAGCGAGCAACCACACACAUGGAGGGUUGGGCAGCGUGCGGUGGCGUAUGGUGACGUGCUUUUGCACGAUGCUGGGGGGCCCUGUGACGACGCUGGAUGAGUGCCGAUUCAUGGAUGAAGCAGGGCAGCUGGUGGUGGAGGGUGGCGAGAUGUACGCAUACCUGCAGCGCACGCAUGUGAGCGGUGGGCGCAUGAUCUCAGCGCAGCACAUGCGGCGCUUCAUGCAAACGAUGGUGGCGGCUCUGCGGUCCGUCACGCCCAUGCCAGACGCGGCUGCGGCGCGUCUCAAUACGCUCAUGCACUCCUUUAAUGAUGCUAUCGUCACCUCCGACUCUGUCGGCUGCGCACAAGGUGGUGCGUGGCUGCAGUGGCGGGCAGGCGUGUCUCACAACACGACCAUUCAUGUGGGCGACAAAGUCACCUGGGUGUGGGAUGACGACCUCCCACAUCUUUGUCUUCAAAUCUCUAUCACUUCCCAUUCGCGCCACUACCUCGUGUGUACAUCCGUGCCUAUAUUGCUUCUGGCGGGGAUGGGCGAAGCAGGCGACCCACUGUUCGUGGGCUUUGGGGGGAACCGCCUGGCCGUGUCACGGCAGAUAGCGUGCACUCCCAUGAACGUGGGCGCUGGCGUCAUGCGUGACGACCCCGUGCCCUGCGUGCUACGAAUGGACGACGAGCCGUUGGGUUCCUUUGCGUACAGCAAGGUGUUUGGAGAGCCCAUCACCAUCCACUACACGGACGGCUCGCUGGCAGGCACGGCUGGGGACGCCGUGUCUUCCUCUGCCUCUCCCUCCUCCUCCCCCACCCCCACCUCCAUGUCCGCCAGCAUUCUCACAGUGCUGCCUGCAAGGGCUGGGGCGGAUGCUACUGGUAAGCACUGCAUGUGUGCGUUUCAUUUCUCUUGUGCCUUUCAGCUAUUCCAUGCGCUCUCCCAUGCGCCCUCUCCCAUGCGCCCUCUCCCAUGCGCCCUCUCCCAUGCGCCCUCUCCCAUGCGCCCUCUCCCAUGCGCCCUCUCCCAUGCGCGCUCUCCCAUGCGCCCUCUUCCAUGGGCCCUCCCUUUCAGUUGCAUUCACUCGCCCUCCGUUCAUUAUCUCCUCAACGUUCCCAGUUUUGUCAGUAACACCGCGGUCGUUACCAACACCACAAACCCCACCGCUGCCAACAGCACGACUGCUGGCCCCACCAACACCACGGCAACCUACGAGUGUGCACCAGGGUGCCGGCUGCAGCGGCUGGCGAACGGGGUGUGUGAUUCGCCCUGCAACACGCCCGCGUGCGCCUUUGACGGUGGCGACUACGCGUGUGUCGACCCUCUCUUCGGCCCCGGCAUCUGCGCCUGCCCGCCCGGCCACACCCGCCGCGACGACGGCUGCCAGUCACCCGUCUCCCCCCUCCACUCGACCCUCUCGCCCCCUGCCCUGCUCCACCGUGCGUCUCUUCUCUCAUGUUCUCACUUCACGCUUGCCCUCCCAUCCUACUCUCUCUUCCUCAUCUCCCUCCCCUUCCUCGUCUCUGUUCCUCCCCUUUCUCCUCCAGCAUGCUGUCUGUCGACGGCGGUGGGCGCCAAUCUCAACUUCCCCUUCUCACUGCAGCGCUACGGCCCCAACUACACAGAGAGAAACUACGUGUUUGCGGCUGAAAGGGGCUUUGCGGCCACACGCUACGUGUCUCGCCGCAACCGUCUGUUGAUCGGCAUGGUGUUGCAGCAGGAUCGGUGGGGCACACAGCAGUGCAGCAGAGCGGGCAACGGCACGUCCACAGAACCGUUUGGAGUGAACCCGCACUUCCUGCCCACAUCGGCCAUCUACGACAGCGCUGCCAGCGCCAACAUGAGCCAGCUCGACAACAACACCUUUGGCUUUAAGCUGAAGUUCAACCCGCAAGGCCUCCCCUACGGCUUCAUCUACCCCAUGGAGUCUCUCACGACAUACCCUUUGGUGUUUGGCAUUAAUCUUGAGAACGAGGCGGCCACAAGGCGUCUACACUACCUGGUGGAUGGCAGCUACAUUGACAAUGGCACGCGCAGCAUAGACGUCAACUUCAUCACCUUCAAUGGCGAGACGCUCACUUUUGUGCUGACAACUGUGAGGUGCACAAUGAACGAGGGGGGCAGCAUGGCAGUCACCUUCAAGUCACAGCCGGCAGCUAUGGCGAUGUACGAUGCAUCGGCGGAGAACAUCGCACGGCUGGUGCUGGAGAUAAUUUACUUGGUGGGGCUGCUCUGGAAUGUGGUGGUGCUGUGGCGGUACGUGAGCACGUUUGACAUGCAGCCACGGUACAACAUCUACUAUUCGCUGUUCGAGGCGCCGCGCUACUGGGCCGUGCCCAACCCGCCCACGGGCUUCAUCAGAGCCACUCAAGUUUUUGCUGAUCUACGCAACAUCAUCAACCUCCGCGCAGUCUACUUCGCCCUCCAGGGCAUCAAUGUCUUCUUCAUGAUGAUACGCUUGCUCAAGGUGAUGGACUUCCAGCCGUACCUCGGGGUCAUCACGCGUUCCCUCGGCCUCGCCACGCCCUCGUUGAUGCACUUCUUCCUGCUCUCCUUCACGGUCUUCUUCUGCUUCAGCAUGUACGGCUACCUCGUCUUCGGAGGCACAAUGGAGCUGGAGAACCCUCGAAAGCGCCGCUUCAAGUCGAUCCAACGGCGGGUCACCGCAAUGCUCUCCGGCACGCGAGGCAGCGCCGCCGACAAGGCGACGCCCUUCCCGCGGUCCGACAACCAACCUACCUUCCCGUCCGCCGCUAGCGAGUCUCGGGUGUGGAAGCAGCACGUGCUGACAGUGAGGGACAAGCGCAUCGAUGUCAUCUCGCUCGCCAUGAUCCUGCAGCGUCACCACGACCACGCGGCAAAGAAAGCCCCUGCCACGUCAUCCAGUGGAGCGUGUUUAGUCUCGUGGAAUGCGGAGGAGGAUCGGCUAGAGCAGCUGUCGCAGGCGGUGGUGCUGCAGUGCGGCGAGGUGGUGAAGCAGGCCGCCCUGCCCGUCAAGAAGCCCGUUCAGAAGCUCAGCCUCGCGCACGUGCAGGUACGUGGGGAGGGGGAAGGGUGCAUGUGGCGAUGUGCAAGGACACGGGUUAGGAGGGAUAUGUAUGGAUGCAAGCGAGGGAGGCGGGAAGGUAGUGCUACGAGGCAUGGCUCAGUCUGCCGAGUCGUUACGAGUCAGUGGCUGCCAUCCCUGACCCAUGCAUCCCGUCCCGUCCCUCCCGUGUGCCGUGCAUGGAGCGAGCAGGAGGAGGUGGUGCGGUGCCAGGCAGGAGUAGAGGAGCUGAGGGGCAUGAUGGCGGACAUGCAGAGCGACAUGCGAGCCAUGAUGGCGCUGCUCGACCGCGCCCUCCCCGCCUCACGCGCCCACACGCCUCGUGUAUCCCGCUCCUAG